AACUCUACCACCUCUUAAAAUUUUCCAAGCUAAGGAAAAAUACGUCUUUGCCAAACUGCAGUUUCUUUUUUCCUUUUAGUAAUACACUCACAUUGUUUAUAGCAGAGAGUUAAAUCUAAAUUAAACCAGGAGAAAUAUUUAGCCGCUCAUACCAAAGCCCAGUAAGAACAUAUUUUGAUUAUCAGUUAAACAGUAAUUCACAAGUUUUACAAGGCUUGAGACCGUUAGAGGCAGAGACUUUGUGGAGACUAAUAAUACUGUUGGAAAUUUCCAGUCCUUUUAGAGAGAGAUGCAAUAGUUUCUCUUGUUGAAUUUUCUGCAGCGGUUGCAGAGUGGAAGCUUAGGUUCUGGUGUGUGUUUUGUUGGUUGUUCCGGUGAUUGGUUCAAAGGGGUAUAUUUGGAAGAUAUAUAUUGUUCAAGCCACAUGGCUAGUCCAUCUGAGAGGUGGAUUGAUGGCCUUCAGUUCUCAUCACUGUUCUGGCCUCCUCCACAAGACCCUCAACAACGAAAGGUUCAAAUUACUGCAUAUGUUGAGUAUUUUGGUCAAUUCACAUCAGAACAAUUCCCUGAGGAUAUUGCUGAGCUUGUUCGCAACCGCUAUCCUCACAAGGAACAGCGCCUUUUCGAUGAUGUUCUGGCAAUGUUUGUUCUUCACCAUCCGGAGCAUGGGCAUGCUGUUGUUCUUCCUAUUAUUUCAUGCAUCAUUGAUGGUACACUGGUGUAUGAUAAGAGUACCCCUCCCUUUGCUUCAUUCAUCUCCUUAGUCUGCCCAAGUAGUGAGAAUGAGUAUUCUGAACAGUGGGCUCUGGCAUGUGGAGAGAUCUUGCGAAUUCUGACUCAUUACAACCGUCCAAUAUAUAAGAUGGAACAGCAAAAUAGUGAGACAGAUAGAAGCAAUAGCAGUGGCCAAGCUACGACAAGUGAACCUGUAGAUGGUGAACCAUCCUUUCAUAUACCUUUGAUGCAACAGGAGAGAAAGCCUUUAAGGCCCUUAUCUCCCUGGAUUACUGAUAUAUUGCUUGCGGCACCUUUGGGUAUCAGAAGCGAUUACUUCCGUUGGUGCAGUGGUGUUAUGGGUAAAUAUGCAGCUGGAGACCUCAAGCCACCUUCAACUGCUUCUUCUCGUGGAUCUGGCAAGCAUCCUCAGCUUAUGCCAUCAACUCCAAGAUGGGCUGUUGCAAAUGGUGCUGGUGUCAUUUUAAGUGUAUGUGAUGAGGAGGUUGCACGCUACGAGACUGCUACUUUAACAGCUGCAGCAGUCCCUGCACUUCUACUUCCUCCCCCAACAACAGCUUUGGAUGAGCAUCUAGUUGCUGGGCUACCAGCUCUUGAACCGUAUGCACGUUUAUUUCAUCGGUACUAUGCCAUCGCAACUCCAAGUGCCACCCAAAGACUCCUUCUUGGACUUCUAGAAGCACCGCCAUCAUGGGCUCCAGAUGCACUUGAUGCUGCUGUACAGCUUGUGGAACUCCUUCGAGCUGCUGAAGAUUAUGCUACUGGUAUAAGGCUUCCACGAAAUUGGAUGCAUUUGCAUUUUUUGCGUGCAAUAGGGACUGCAAUGUCUAUGAGAGCAGGUAUUGCUGCUGAUGCUGCUGCAGCUUUACUUUUUCGCAUACUAUCACAACCUGCACUGCUAUUUCCUCCACUAAGGCAAGUUGAGGGAGUGGAAGUUCAACAUGAACCUUCUGGUGGUUAUAUUUCGUGUUACAGGAAGCAGAUAGAGGUGCCUGCUGCUGAAGCAACUAUUGAAGCUACUGCCCAAGGGAUUGCAUCAAUGCUUUGUGCUCAUGGACCGGAGGUGGAAUGGAGAAUUUGUACUAUAUGGGAAGCUGCUUAUGGCCUGAUUCCAUUGAGCUCUUCUGCUGUUGAUCUUCCAGAAAUUAUUGUUGCAACCCCAUUGCAGCCUGCUAUACUAUCAUGGAACCUAUAUAUACCUCUUCUUAAGGUACUGGAAUACCUCCCACGUGGAAGUCCUUCUGAAGCAUGUCUCAUGAAGAUAUUUGUGGCCACUGUUGAAGCAAUUCUCCAGAGAACUUUUCCACCUGAAUCCUCCAGGGUGCAAACCAGAAAAACAAGAUACAGCAUAGGUUCUGCCUCCAAGAACCUUGCUGUGGCUGAGCUUCGUACAAUGGUCCAUUCCCUCUUUUUAGAAUCAUGUGCUUCUGUAGAGCUUGCUUCACGCCUACUUUUUGUUGUCUUAACUGUGUGUGUUAGCCAUGAAGCUCAAUUCAGUGGGAGUAAGAGACCGAGAUGUGAAGAAAGUUAUCCUCCUGAUGAGGGCAUUGAGGAAUCACAGUCACCAUCAGAAAGGCCGAGAGACAUAAAACCUAGAAAAACAAAAAAACAAGGGCCUGUAGCUGCAUUUGAUUCUUAUGUGCUGGCUGCUGUUUGUGCUCUUGCGUGUGAGCUUCAGUUGUUCCCUUUGGUUACAAGAGGAAGUAAUCAUUCAACUGCUAAAGAUGUUCAAGCUAUAGCUAAGCCUGCAAAGUUAAAUGGAUCUUCUAUUGAGUAUGGCCAUAGUAUUGACUCAGCUAUUCAUCAUACUCACAGAAUCUUGGCAAUUUUAGAGGCACUUUUUUCUCUGAAGCCAUCUUCUGUUGGCACCUCAUGGAGUUACAGUUCAAAUGAAAUAGUUGCUGCAGCUAUGGUUGCAGCUCAUGUUUCUGAACUAUUCAGGCGGUCAAAGGCUUGCAUGCAUGCACUCUCUGUCCUAAUGCGAUGCAAGUGGGACAAUGAAAUUUACACCAGGGCAUCAUCAUUAUAUAAUCUCAUUGAUAUUCACAGCAAGGCUGUUGCAUCCAUUGUUAACAAGGCUGAACCAUUAGAAGCACAAUUGAUACAUGCACCUGUUUGGAAGGAUUCCCCCGUUUGCUUAGAUGGAAGAAAACAAAACAAACGUACAAAUACCACUUGCUUUGAUCCAGGGCAGUCAUCUGCUUCAGAAUGUGAAGAUUCAACUCAUUCAGACAAGAAUCUCAGAUGUGAGAGAGUGUUAGCAUCAGAUGAAGGCUCAGGAAAUUCCUUGGGCAAAGGAAUAGCAAGUUUUCCUUUAGAUGCCUCAGAUUUGGCCAACUUUCUCACAAUGGACAGGCACAUAGGAUUCAAUUGCAGUGCACAAAUUCUUCUGAGAUCUGUGCUUGUGGAGAAACAAGAGUUAUGUUUCUCCGUUGUUUCACUAUUGUGGCACAAGCUAAUAGCAGCACCUGAAACACAACCAAGUGCCGAAAGCACAUCCGCCCAACAGGGAUGGAGACAGGUGGUUGAUGCAUUGUGCAACGUCGUAUCAGCAUCACCGACAAAAGCAGCCACAGCAGUUGUUCUUCAGGCGGAGAGGGAGUUUCAGCCUUGGAUUACCAAAGAUGAUGAUCAAGGCCAGAAGAUGUGGAGAAUCAACCAGCGGAUCGUGAAGUUGAUAGUGGAACUAAUGAGAAAUCAUGAUAGCCCAGAAUCCUUGGUAAUUGUGGCUAGUGCCUCUGAUCUACUUCUACGUGCCACAGAUGGGAUGCUUGUUGAUGGGGAAGCUUGCACUUUACCCCAGCUGGAGCUGCUGGAAGCAACAGCUAGAGCAGUUCAGCCAGUGUUAGAGUGGGGAGAAUCUGGACUGGCAGUUGCAGAUGGACUUUCAAACCUGUUAAAGUGUCGUCUACCAGCUACAACUCGAUGUCUUUCUCAUCCAAGUGCACACGUUCGUGCUCUCAGCACAUCAGUCCUUCGCAAUAUUUUGCAUGCAGGUUCAAUUAAACCUAAUUCUAAGCAGGUGGAAAUAAAUGGCAUCCAUGGUCCCUCUUACCAGUACUUUAGUGUAGGUGUCAUUGACUGGCACACUGAUAUUGAAAAGUGCUUAACAUGGGAAGCUCAUAGUCAACUUGCAAGAGGAAUGCCUAUACGAUUUCUGGAUACUGCUGCCAAAGAAUUAGGCUGUAGUAUUUCUAUAUAACAUCAAUUAACUUUUCUUCGGAUUAUCAGUGUAAGUAUCUUUUUCUCUUGAAGCGAGACAACAAAGAGGAAUAGACUUUUUCAAGUGGGUUGAAGGAUAUGGGUAUGGGCAGAAAUGUACCUCUUCAAAUAGUCCUAGGAAUGAAGCCUUUGAAUGUCAUGGUAUUGUUCAAGCAAAAGGAUGGUGUAUGGUGAACUGCCUCCCUGAGGUUUCAUGUGUCUAAUCUGACUUUGCUUUAAGCUUAGCUUUGUAUGAUAUAGGCCCAGGUUUCAAUCUAUUGUUUGGAUUCAGUUAACUUGGACAGUUAUUCGGUUAGCAUGGAGUGAUAAACCCAUACAGCUUCUGCUCAGUUUCAAUUUCGGUU